GAAGUGGCAGAGAGCUAGCCUGAAAUGCAGGAGGAUGUCCUGCAGCAGGACAUGGCAGCAGGAUGAAUCAGCCUCUGUAACUGGGCUCAGCCCCACCACAGGAGCCAACCAUGCAGAAAGAAACACCGCUCGCCAAUGCUGCGUUUUGGGCUGCAAGAAAAGGAAACCUGGCUCUCCUCCAGCUGCUGCUGAACAGCGGGCGAGUAGAUGUGGACUGCAAAGACAGUCUUGGCACAACAGCUCUGAUGGUCGCAUCUUACCAUGGCCACAUAGACUGCGUACGGGAAUUGGUGUUGCAAGGAGCAGAUAUCAACCUGCAGAGAGAGUCAGGUGCAACUGCUCUGUUCUUUGCUGCACAGCAAGGCCACAACGACGUGGUGAAGUUUCUCUUUGAAUUUGGUGCCUCCACUGAGUUUAAGAAUAAGGAUGGAGGUACUGCUCUUCUAGCUGCUUGUCAGUACGGGCACGCAAAGGUAGUGGAAACUCUGUUGAAGCACGGUGCCAACAUUCACGAUCAGCUUUACGAUGGAGCUUCUGCAAUUUUCUUGGCAGCGCAAGGAGGCUACCUGGAUGUCAUCCGAUUGCUCCUUUCUUCAGGAGCAAAGGUUAACCAGCCACGACAGGAUGGGACGGCGCCCCUGUGGAUCGCGUCGCAGAUGGGCCACAGCGAAGUGGUGCGAGUCAUGCUGCUGCGGGGAGCUGAGCGUGACGCCGCGCGGGAUGAUGGUACAACUGCUUUGCUGAAGGCUGCCAUUAAAGGGUACAACAAUGUGAUAGAAGAGCUACUUAAAUUCUCUCCCACCCUUGGUCUGCUGAAGAAUGGGACUUCUGCCCUCCAUGCGGCUGUUCUGAGCGGCAAUGUGAGGACGGUGGCGCUGCUGCUGGAAGCAGGAGCAGACCCGUGCCUGAGGAAUAAGGCCAACGAGCUGCCAGCAGAACUAACGAAAAAUGAACGCAUCCUCCGACUCCUUCGCACAAAGGAAAAGCAAAGGAAGAGCUAAUGCUGCCCUAUAGCAAAUGUGGUUUGACAGAGUUGUGCCCUGACAGCACUAUCGUGACAGUAAACCUAGGUUGCCCAAGAAGGUUUUUUUGGAACAGUUUGCCUGAUCAGCCUCUCCAGUAUAUGCUUGUGAACACGUGAGGCCCUUGCCAUGGAGUCGCCAUGCCCUUGGGCCUCCAUCUGGCAUCGCUGAACUCAGAAGGACCGCAACAGGAGUAGGGUUUGGCCUGAGAGCAGUGUUUGCCCUGCAGCCCUACCUAUACUCCAGGGUCCCCCCGGUGCCAGCACUGACCUUAGCUCCUCCACGCCUGCAGUGUACGCAUCCCCGCGCACCCUAGUGCUCCCGCUGUUUCGGAGAUGCGUCCCUGUACUGGCAUGGCCACACGCCUGCAAUGAGUGCCUUGGGGUGCACUCGUGGGUUGGGAGCACUCAACCCUUGUGCCAAAAGGACGCCCAGGUCUUGCAGCUGUUUGGAGUCAGCCGGUCCCCAUGGUGCUGCUGCCCUCCCUUUGGUGGCAGUGCUGGCUCUGCCGAUUCCUCUGUACCUCCAAGUGCCACGCAGGGCUACAGGUGACAUCCCGCCUAUAACAUACCAACAGGAAAAGUCCUCCUGCCAGUCCAGGGCUUUGAUAAGAAUUUUGUUUCUACAGUACAGAUGCUACACAAGUAAUCUAUGUUCUGCAUGCCCCCCUAUGUUACACUAUGUUUUGAUAUCCACAAGUACUAUGCAAUGCACUUGUUCCCAAAGUCUGUUGGCAGUAGUUAAGGGAGAAGUGCACAGUCGUACAGGUGUUUCAACAGCUGGUGAGAGGGUUACAUGUAGCCAUGCUCAAACAGGCCCACUAAUUAAUGCGGGUCUGGAAAAUGAACUCUCAGCAGCAAUUCUGGCCUUUGUUGUGGUUGAGAUGCUUAAAAUAAGACAUGCUACUAGUGUCUGUGUGGAGAAGACCGUGAAAAUUGUUAAGGUUUUGUAAAGAGCUAUGUUAUAACUAUGUUACUGUAAGAUGUUACAUCAAGACCCAGUCAUUUCUGCAGUAUAAGCAUAUACUAAGUCUUGUUAGCCACAAAUACAUUACAGAUCAUUUUACAUUGAGUCGAGGUAUAAGGUUAGUCAGUACAUAAAUCCAGGGACUUCAUCUGUCUUCAGACCUUGGCAAAUUGCUGAAAAAUUGCUUAAGAUGUUGAGGACAGAGAACAUUGAAAGGAGACACAAAAUGGUCUCUGCUUAGAAAAUAGCUGCCUGGGAUUCAGCUGAAUUGUUGCACUUUGCUUCAAUGAGUUUAAAAAAAAUAAAUUAGUGAGUUUGCACAAAUGAAUGUAGUUUACUGAGAGCAAAUUAGCCAUAUAUAUUGCCAAAUCAUAAAGUUAUUCUUCUUGUGAGUAAGUUAGAUAAGAAGUCAGGUUUCUGGUGAAGAGUACAGAAGUGGGCAUACCUUUGCUUGCAAGCUAAAAUUACUAUUUGAUUUCUAUUCAGCAUUGGAAAGAAAACCUUUAAAGUUUUCCAACAAUAUAAGACAACACCAGAAAAAUCUCUUUGUUUAGGUAAUUUAUGCUGUUGUACUUUUCAAUUAAAAAAAUGUUGUGCCUAACUGAAACUUGCAGACAAACCGGUACAGAACCAAAGAAUUAUGCAAGAUGUGCAGAGGAUGAUUGUAUCCAGGGUUCAGUCCUGUGAAAGACUCAAAAAUGCAGAAAUCUCAAGAGCCUUAUUGGGAAGUUAAUUUGCACAGCAUUUUAUGGGACUGGACUCUAAGUUCUUUAACAAGCAACGCUGAAGAGGAUAGGUUCAUCUGGAGCCCCCAGUGGGUCAAAGAUGAACAUUUUGCUUUGGAGAAAGCCAGAAGGACUUUAGGCAGCCCUGCCAUGAUACUGGUCUUUCUCCUGAAAGUUUCUUCAGAUCAACAGCUGGGAACAACCACACCAUUAAGAUAAAAGGCCCUUUCAUAGUUGUAAAGGAGGAGGAUAAUCAUGGAAGGCCUCCAGUAGCCAGCCAUUCUGGGUGAGCAAUAAAUACUAUCAGACAGGCUGUAAUGAUCGAUAUUCCUAAAAUGUGGAAGCAUCCACUGUUGGUGAGCAUCUCCUAUUUCUCUUGAUGUCAGAGUGUAGGGGAGAGGAUAGGGAAAACCAACAGUAACCCUGUGAUGGCUGAAGUGAACAAGCUGGGAGAGCAACCUGCAGCUGUCUAGCAUCUGCAGGCAGUCUCUCCUUUCUACCAGGAAUAUUUUCUUUUAUUGAGUAGUCUCACCCCAAAAGGGGCAGCUACUCAGUAAAAAGGGUUCUUGAACUAUGCCUGUCCAUGGGAAAAUGCUCCCCACCACUUAGAGCGGGACUUUGCAAGUCCUGUUUCCACCUUCCUCCAUGACUGGCUACCACGGCCUAGGUUCCAGUGCAACCAGUGAGGAACAUCUGGGAUGCCACAUCCCGUACGGGGUAUCUGCUGACCUCCUUCGGAGUAGAUACAGUCACCAGGUCCUCUUUCCUGAGUAAUGUUGGGCUAUAACAGGCUUUUUGUGUAUAAACAAUAUUUGAAAUGUGGAGCUGCCACGGGUUGAAGGGAGAGGCCUGCAGCUCCCAUUAAUGCUGGGUGUAGGACAUGCAGGCCUUGGACCAGCGGUGGAGAACUGGCAGCAAAGUCUUUCUCUGCCACAUUCAGGCUGAAGUUGAAUCUAGCUUCAGCAAAGACAUUGCUCAUCCAGCUUGGGAUUUUAAGCGUGGAGACCUUCCCGUUGGGAGCAUUUGUUUCGUCUCAGAGCCUCUGAGGAGAGGGCUGUUUGUGGCUUUGAGUUCCCAGUAACCAAAAGGUGCUUAUUCUACCUGUAGAUGGGCUUGGACAUUGCAAUACUGUUCCUCACCAUGCAAUUAACCUUUCCGCAAAGAAACCUUAAUAAAUAUUAGUAUUUAUGUAGCCAAUGUUAUCUUUAAAGUGCUCAGUAAACACUGCUGUGGUUUGUUUGUUGUUCUAAACUGGAAACCUGCUUUCCCUUCUUGGCUGAAGUGAUUUACUGAUACCAACAGUCGCUCUUGUUGUAGUGCCUUUUGUGCAAGGCUUUCAGAGUGCUCUGUGGAAGCUCCAAAACCUAUUAGGCAGGGAAAUAGAUGAUUUCAUUUACACACCAGUGAAGUGCAGCAACAGCUCAUCUCUUCGUGUUAAUGGGCAAGAGCAAAUUUAGAUUAGAAACUGAGGGACACCAAAUCUGCUUCCUAGAUGACAGGGUGAACUAGAAUGGGACAGGAUAACAGGCCCAAAUGUUUUCGUUUCAACAUCCAGGGGCCCAGCCUGCUGCUCUCUCCACCUGGGAUUUAUGCAGGUGCUGUGGGCCAGUGACUUCCCAGCAGCUCCAAGUGAGUACAAAGGAGGUGCAAGAACAAGCUGCACAGGAGUCGAGGAAAAGUAUAGAGCACCAUGCCUUUAUUUCACAUUUAUUUCACAAAUAAUUUCAUUAUUUGGAAAUGACACAAAAGGCAAUGUUGUACCCCUGACAUAAUGCCUCUUCUUGCACAUGCCGUUCUUGCCUUGCAGCGAAAUUGUCUCGCUGGUGAUCCUCCUCCCCUUGUUUAAACUAGAAGAGCCAAGAGGCUCUUCUAGAUUAGAGCACCUGAUCAAACAGCUGCAGGUGACAUUUAAUGCACUUUAACGAUUGUUUGUCUCAAAGUUGGAGCCUAAUCAGAAGAAUAAUUUCCAUUUUAUUCCACCAAUCACAGCAACUACUGGGAAAUCCGUAAGUAAACCAAAUUUCUUCUUGUCUUGGAAAUUUCAAAAUCGUUGUACUGAAAAUAGGGUAGCACAAAAACUGGCCCGUUUGUCCUCCCUUUAAUACAAACACAAUAGACAUAAAAUACUGCCUUUGUUUGGAACCCUUGUCAUUGUGCCACACUCCUUGAGUCAGUGGGUGGUGACAAAACAUUAACGUAUGCUAGGAAUGCAACCAAAGAUCAUACACACAGCUUUUUUCCAGCGAGGGAGUGAUGCACUGCACAUACAGGACUAAACAGAAUUGUGGCUUCUCACAGUAGCUCUGCAGAAGGUCCUUGCAAAUGUCAUGUUCAUACUUCCCUCAAUUCUGGUUUCUUUUGACCCUCCCUGUUAUGCAUUUCAUAAAACCUACACAAAUUUAUGUAUUUCAGUGUAAGAUUAAUAUUCUACAAUGGGAACAUUGCUUUGCUGAAACACAUUUUUCCAUACCAUCGUUUCAAUAAAAAUGAAUCUACUACUCA